CUUGAAAAUGCUCGUGUACAGUGGCGCCGUUUUUACUCGUUCUGUUGUUGUCAACAAUAUACUUAAAAAGCCGUAUUGUCUUUGAUGAAAGUUAUUUUUGUUUCUAUUGUGUUGUGGUUUAUGUAAUUUCAGGUUGAUGACGUUUUAUACCAAAAUUUAAAAAUAUAUGGUGAGGCAUGGAUCGGAUCUUGACUCUGCUAAAAGAAAAAAAUUUUGCCUUCAAACAUCCUUAUUUUUUUGAAAAUUAUACGUUCAAGUUUGAAGGUUUACAACCCGAUAUCCAAGAAAAAUUUGAAAAACUUAGCAUGGGUGCAAAAGUAUCUGAUGAAUCACAAUACAUACUUACAGAUACCUUAAGUACAUCUUUAGAUGAGAAAGGACACUACUACUCAUUGAGCUAUUUACUGAAUUCCAUAUUAGCCAAAGAACCACUAAAAAUUGAAGAUUACAAGUUCAGUAACUUGAUACAAAAUACAAAUCAAUCAAGAUUUUGUUGCAUGAAUGCAAGAUACAUUUUGAAAAAAACAUGUAUGAGCCUUCUCAAUCAAUGUAUUUGUAAAUUAUGCAUUGUAAAAACAGAAUUACUCAAAAAAAAUAAAUUUUCUUCCACUCAAGAUACUAAAGAAACUAAUAAAGCAAAUAUUCAUGAGUUCAACCAAAAACUACAUUUAUACAUUAAAAAAAUUAAUAAUUUGAAAUUGAAGAAAUCAAUGGAAAGAGUAAAUGAUGUAUCUCUUGUACAACAAAACAACAGUUUACAUUUAAAUGAAAAUUCGGAUAAUUCUCAGACUGAUGAUGAAAAUCAUAUUUCUGUUCAAUCACUCACAAAUGGUAUCUCUCGAGAAAAUAAGGCAAAUGAAACCAACAAUGAUUCAAGUAAGAGUGAAAUUAUAGAAAUCAUAUCCAAUGUUAAUCAUGUUCAACCAAGCUGCUCAAGGCAAGUUUUGAAAAAGCCAGAAGUAAAUAAACCAAUUAGUAUUGAUAGAUGGAAAAGAAUAAGAACAAUAUCCAACAGCUCAAAUACAAGUAGUAGUGAUUCAGAUAUAGAAUGUUUAACUAGAAAAAGAAAAAAUAAACGUCAAAAAUUAUCAUCUAGUUCAUCAGAAAUAAUACUCAGUGACAAAUCUUCUUCAAAUAAAUCAUCAUCAGAUACAGAACAAAAUUUUAUUCAAAACCUAAAUAAAAACAUGAACCGGGAAGAAUGGUGGUUGUACUUACCAACUCCAGAAAAGAGAAAUUCACAUUAUAAAUGCCUAAAAAUCAAACACCGUGGUCGAGGACGAGAUUAUACGUAUAUGGAAAAAAGACUAAUGAUUGCCUAUUUAAUAAAAAAUGGUAAAAUUCAGAAUGGUACAAGUCGUAAACCAUGGAUAGAAAUGAUUGAGGAUGGGUAUUUACAAGACAGAACUUCUGAGUCAUUAAAUAACCAUUACCGCAGAGUAUUAUUACCAAAAAUUGAAACCUUUAAGUUACCGAAAGAUAUUGAAAAAAUAUUCAUAUACGACAGAAAACUGCACUUGAAUCGUUCAUAUAAAUAAAAUUACAAAGCAAAUUACUCUGAUCUGCAAAUUGUCUACAAUUCUUAAUUAUUUAUUUCGUUUCAAUACAAAUUAGUUCUAAGUUGUAAACUUUGUUUAUAAAAUACAUUCAAUUAAUUAUGUACCAUAUUUAUACAAUGAUUGAGUACAAUAUUUAUUUUACACAUAAUCAUCGAAAAUGAAUAAUAACAUUUAAUAAUUUAAAAUAACAAAAUAGUGGAGUGCGCAGAUGCAAGCGUAGCAUACGGCUCAAAAGAGCGACAGUGACUCAGAGGAUAGAACACAGGAUUUUCCAUGCGAAAGACUUGUUCAAUUCCUGGUGGGGAAACCAAUGGUUUUUCCCAAAAAAAGUGUAUGUAUCAAAAUCAACACCAUGGUUGUCGCAGUGGUUCGGAUUCCACUGAGCCAAAAUAAUGUAAAUUAUUAACCAUUAAAUUGUAGGUCCAGUAUCGAGACGCAAUUUCGAUACUAAGAUUCCCCUCUCACUAUAACGUUCUUAAAAAAAUUUACACAUGAGUGUUGGCACAUCGAAGUCUCAAUAUAAAAGACCCACCGUCAUCAAAUUAACCUAACUUAGCAUACGGUUCAAUUUUGGAAGUUAUUUAACAAGGACAAGAUACGUAUACAUACAAUCAGUGGAUAUCAUAAACCACAAUACAAAAUAUAAAACAGUACUUAUAUUAAUAAAUUCUUCAAUGAUCUGUAGUUUGAACUUUUCUAAACAGAUCUGCCUGAUAUCUAACCUAAAUAACUUUGAAUUCAAAUAUUUAUUUCUCUUUUCCCUGAAAUAAACUCCUUCAUUUAGGUUUUUCAUACUUUCCUUGAUUAA